CCCUACUUGGGGCCAAUUUGCAAGAAGUGGAUAGUUGAAAGGAAAAAAAUCUUCAAAUCAGCACCUUAGCUAUCUAGUUGAGCCGUAUACCAUCUCCCUAAGAAUAGAAUUGGAAAUUUCAACCUCAAGCCUUGAACACCUUGUGUGUUCCUUCUCUGACCAACGGAAUUUCAGCCUUGAUCGAAAUUAAUUGUGUAGCCGUUGGGGAUUGACUUCCCAAAUUUGAAGGCCUAAGAAUCUGCCCUAUUCGUCCUUUAAAAGCACAGCAGGGCAGCGAGAUUGGAGAGAGAACGGAGGUGAAAACAGGAGAGAAAGAAAGAGGAAUUCAGCCGCUUCUUCAUCCAUAUCUUGAGUUUUUCAUUCUCUAUUAAUUAGUUAGUUUAAUUUCAGAAUUUCUAGUUCUUGUAUUUCAAAUUCAGAACUUUUACUUCCAUGUUUAUGCUAUUGAAAAGUGAAUUCUUCCCUACUUUGAGUAUGAUUUUUUGCUAGAAUUUUACCCAAGGGAUUCGGGAAUAAAGCUUGAUAUUAAGUGAUUAUCUCUUGUUGUGUUUGAUUCUUCCAUUGUAAUCGACAAAUUAUUUUCCCAAUUAAAUUUAUUUUAUGAAUUUCAUUAAUGAAUUUUGCAUUGAGUUCAUGCUUAAUUCUUGUUAGGAAUCGUGUGAUGCACUGACGGGUGAAGCACGAUACUUGAGCCCAUAAAAUAAACAUGAUUCACCUAACUAGACAUACUUAGGGAAUUGUGGUGAAUUUCAAUUGUCUCUUUUCGACUAGUUAAGUUUAGCGUUUAAUUGACGGAUUAACACUAACUUAACCGACGAACGCUAAUAUCUCGACGGAGUAUUAGCAUAUUUUAGAACCAAUUGUCACUUUAAUUGCUUGAACCAACACUUAGAUUUUCUUUUAAUAUCAAGUGUAUAACCCGAAUUCCGAGGGCCAUUUUAUCUAUUGUUUACUUGAUUUAUUCUUAAUUAUAUUUUUAAUUCCUGUUUUUAUUUUAUUAAAUCAAUCCAAAAUCAUUUUUUACUUUGGUUGAUAGAAACUUAAACCAUUAAAGUUCAAUUUGCACUCCUCGUGGGAUCGACCCUAGAAUACUCUAGGUUUUACUACGACCGAUCUGUACACUUGCAGAAAAAUAGCGGUCAAGUUUUUGAGAUACUCAGUACAACCUUUUAUGAUAUUUGCCCCAAAGUACUGAGCCUAGUGAGCCAUUGAACCCCUAGCACCAUAUCAUAACCUGUCAAAAGGAGUAACAACAACUCACUUUGGAAGUAAGUAUUCUGCAUUUUCCAUCCAUCUUACUCCUUUACAAACAUAUUUGCACUCAGUGUGAGCUCCAUCUGCUACCAUCACUGACAAGGGAUCAAUGCUCUCCAAUCUGCAUCCCAACUUCUUGGCUAUGUUGUAGCUCAAAAAUUGUGAGUACUACUUGAGUCCACCAAGAUAAGUAUCUUCUUCUUAUCUAUAUAUCCAUUAACCCUCAUAGUACUAUAGUUAGUGAAGCCAUGCAAGGUAUGGAAUGAAAUAAGAGGCUCUUCCGCAUGUCCCUUAUCACACUCAUUCUCCAUCUUACUACUGCCAGCAUCCAUAUCUUCCCCACUUUCUGUCCCUAGAAUCUCUACUAAGAAGAGUUGAGAUCCUUUGUGACUACAUACAUGCUCCCUACUAUAAGGUUGCUCACAAUAGUAACAUAAGCCCUUAGCCCUCUUCUCAUCUCUCUCAGCAGCUGAAACAAACUUUCUAGGUGCAGUAAUACUCGUAUCGACAACUUGUUUUUGAGUAUUGAAUAAUGACUUAUUCCCUGCACCUAGUGGCGUAUGUAACAAAGGUUUAUUGGCAUUUGGUUUCGAAACUGUCACCUUGUUUUGAGUGCUUAAAGCAUCCACAGUGUCUUCCUGUAGUCUAGCCAACUUAAUUGCUUCAGUGAUAGAACUAGGAUUGAAUGCUUGCACAAAAGAUUUCACAGUAGGUUUCAGUUCAGCUAAAAAACAAUCCAGGUAGUUUUGUAUUUCUCUUCAUCAUUUGUGCUUUAAGUGUCUCAAAUUCAUCAACGAAGUUUUCAAUAGAUCCUGUAUGUUUCAAUCCAUUAAACUUCUCUACUACUUUAUUACUGCUUUGAUUAUUAAAUCGAGCCUGAAUAUCAUAACAAAAUUUGUUCCAUUUCAAUUUUUUUCUAGUCACCACGUAGUUACCAAACCAGCUCACUGCAUGUCCCUCCAAAUAUAAUGAUGCUAGAUUGACCUUCUGAGAAUCAGGUAUUUUUCACAAUAGAAAGUACCUCUCACAUUUCUGAAUCCAGACUUUUACACUCUGGCCUUCGAAUGAUGGAAAUUCCACUCUCGGAAGAAAUUUGAAUGUCUGAUUACCUGAAUGUGAGCCAGAUAUCUCAUCGUCGUCCUCUUCCGUAGAAUAAGCUUUUCCGACUCAUCUCCAUCAGGAUCCUUAUGUGUAUGUGUCUCCGGUUGUUUAUUUUUCUGCAAUUCCACCAUCUUCUUCAUCAACUUGCCAACAAUGUCCAUUAGAGACUUGUUCUGGUUUUCCAAUUUUAGAUCAAACUCCAUCUGCAUUGCCUUCAACGUCUCCUCCAUUUUUUUAACCCAGAAGGCAAACUACCAAAAUCAGUGGGGUAAAUGCCGGGGAACAUUUACCGGUAACUGAACUGCGUGUAUGUACCAUGCGUGUAUGUACCAAACGUCUCCUCCAUUUCGGUAACUGAACUGCAUGUAUGUACCAAACAUCUCCUCCAUUUCGGUAACUGAACUGCGUGUAUGUACCAUGCGUUCCUUCUACUGCGUAUUGCUCCAAUGGAUCAAAGCUUUGAUACCAAUGUUACGGUCCAGGCCACUCUACGAGAAUUAUGGGAAAGAAUGGCGAGAACUCGUAGCUUCCAUACAAAGAGAGAAAAUAGAAAGAAGAGGGAAAAGUCGUUUAUUACUUUCAACGUAAAGAAAAUGAAUACUCCCUCCGUCCCAUAUUUAACUCUGGUUUUGACCGGGCACGGGUUUUAAGAUAAUGAGAUUUGUGUGGUGGAGAGUUAUGCAGAGGAGAGAGAAAUGUGUAAGAAUGGUUGUGAAUCACAUAUUCUUUACCAAAAAGGGAAAAUGGAGAUAAAUUUGGGACGGAUCGAAAAGGAAAGAAUGAAGAUAAUUCCGGGACGGAGGGAGUACAUGAUAAGCUUAUAUAACCAUUUAACUAAAUGACACGUCAUAUUAUUGUUAUCUAACAUACUAACGGCCUAACUCCUGUAUCAAGGUGUAGGAAACACAGCUGUGAUUUUCACGACAAAGAGCUUUUGGUGCGUGAAUGGUUGAGGGGGAGAGAAAUCAAUGUGCGCUGGAUAGUAAUCGUUUAAGGGCAAAGUAAUUUAAGAUGUAAAUCUAAGGGCUGGUAUUAAUUGUUCUCAUUUAAAUAAAAGCCCAAGUGCUGGAAUUCUCCAUUCGAAUUAAACGGCAUCUGGAAAAUUUGAAUUCGCAGUGUCGCAACUUUAUCCCUCUCUCACUCAGAGUCUCAGACUAACACUAUCAUCCCGAACCUUCUGUCAUUCAGUGUGUGGGCGAGUUCUACUGGUCCGGAGCUAAAUCGAUCGCCGCAUCUUGAGUAACACAAUCCAUUCACGGAAUCCUCUGCUUCACUCAAAAGGAAGUUAAAACUGGUGGUAUAAUGGCCAAAGAUUCAGGUAUAAUUGAGGCCUCCCAAUUGGAAAGUAUUUCCUCUCCGGAAAGUCGUACAGAGUCACACUCUAACUUAACCGCUAAGGUGAAAGUUAUAGUAAGAGUUCGCCCCUUCCUUUUUGAAGAAAUCUCAGCCAGAAACGGGAGUCCCCCAGUCUCUUGUGUGUCCAUCCUUCACUCUGGUUUUGAAACAUCAGAUGAAGUCACUGUUUAUCUCAAAGACAAUGAAACUAGCCGAAACGAAUACUACAAGCUGGACGAUUUUUUUGGACAUGAAGUCAACAAUGUCAGUCAAAUUUUUCACAAAGAGGUUAGCCCUUUGAUCUCCGGGAUUUUCCGUGGCUACAAUGCAACCGUAUUUGCAUAUGGGGCAUCUGGGAGUGGAAAAACCUACACCAUGCAGGGAAGUGCGGAGACACCUGGUCUAAUCCCACUUUCAAUGUCAUCAAUUCUUUCCAUUUGUCAAAGCACUGGUACUACUGUGUCCAUCUCUUACUAUGAGAUUUACAUGGACAAAUGCUAUGAUUUGCUAGAGUUGAAAAAUAAGGAAAUUGCUGUGUUGGAUGAUAAAGAUGGGAAUGUUCAUCUUAAGGGACUUGCAGAAGUUGAAGUUAACUCAAUGGCAGGUUUUAAUGAUAUUUUUCUUGCUGCAAUCCAGAGAAGAAAAGUUGCCCAUACUAGUGUUAAUGAUCUCUCUAGCCGAAGCCAUGCUGUGCUUGUCAUUUCUGUGUACACACCUUGUCAUGAAAAAUCAGGAAAUGUUAUCGCCGGGAAGAUUAAUCUCAUUGAUUUAGCAGGAAACGAAGACAACAGGAGAACUUGCAACGAGGGAGUUCGCCUCCACGAGAGCGCCAAGAUAAACAUGUCUCUUUUUGCAUUGUCUAAUGUCAUCUAUGCAUUGAAUAACAACCAAAUGCGAGUACCUUUUAGAGAUAGCAAAUUGACACGUGUACUGCAGGAUUCUCUUGGAGGAACAAGUCCUGUUUUGGUUGUUACUUGUUUGAACCCAGGAGAGUAUGAGGAAUCUCUUCAUACAGUCAGUUUAGCGGCAAGGUCAAGGCACAUCUCUAAUUCUCUAACUUCAUCUAGAAAUGAAACUCCAAAAGUUAAAGUUGAUAUGGAAGCUAAGCUCCAUGCUUGGCUUGAAUCCAAAGGCAAGAAAAAAAGUGCACAGAAGUCAAAGGUGUUUGAAUCUCCGUUGACUCCAAAUUCACUACGCUCACUAAAAUGGGCUGAUGCAUAUCCAAGUUCAUCUAAAGCAAAACUGUUUAGCAACCAUGGUGCUUCACGUUUAAAGCGGGGGGCUCAUGAAUUUGCUUGUAGAAGCUUAUUUUGUUGUGGAAAUCGUUUUAUCUCAGCUAUUGAGGCACCAAACCUUGUUGACGGCAGAGGGAAUACAGAAAAGAAGCUUGAAGAUUCAGAAGAAAGAGACCAAAAUUAUGAUCAGGUGGUGAGGGGUAUGGAUAAUGCACAUGCUGAAACAGUGAACCCCUUAAGAUCAUCACCAUCUUUUAAGAAAAUUAUUGCAUUUCAAAGUCCACUCAUGAACCCCCUUUUUCCGAUUAACACCAACAUUAACAUUGAGAGUGCUUCAGCCAAUAAGGGAUGUGUGUUCCUCUCAGAUUCUGAGAACAAUGUUGAUAAUACAUGUCAAGUGCUUGGAACACCACUCGAGAAAUUUAAUGCGCAGAGUUUAAACCUUAAGAGCUCUCUUGCUGAGGAAUAUAUUGAGUUUUUGAACAAAGCUAACAGGGAAGAAUUGAUGGAGAUAAGGGGUAUAGGAGAGAAGUUCGCUGACUAUAUAAUUCAGCUAAGGCAAGACAAUCCUUUGAAAUCGCUUAAUGAUUUGGAGAAGUUGGGACUUUCAUCAAAACAGGUGCAAAACCUGUUUAGUAAGGCUGCGAAGGUCUUAUUCAAAUAAACGUGUACCAACAUGUUGUUGUAUCAUUGGGUUAACUCUCUUGUGUACUUGGGGGUUGUCUGUUGAGUGAUGGUGAAAGUCAAGUGAAGAAACCCAGUAAUCUGACCAACAUGUGUGCUUUGAAAAAAUUGGACCUGUGAUAUUGAGUUUUAAUGAACGUAAGGAGUAUAUAUUAGAUAAAAGUCGCAGCUUCAUGAUUUCAUCCAAAAGUGUACCAUGGUUACUUCACUUUUUCCUAAGCUCCAUAACGACUAUUACACUCUUCGUGAAAGGCGAUGCAACUAGUGUUGUAUGGACUGCCAGAAAAUAAAAAGGUCUCACUCAAAAAGCUGUGCACCUCAAGCAUUGAAGGUGUAGUGAGCUUUGUCCGCGUUCCAUCUUAUGCACAUGUGACAUUAGGGCCUUGUUUGGCAAAUAGCUAUGAGUUGGUCGUGUCAGUUGUUUGUCAAUGUCUUUUGUAUUAAAUGUUUUGAAUGACUGAUGAGGUACGGUAAUUGUAAAUCAAUGUUUGAUAAAAUUACUUGUCUAUGAAUAGCUAUUGAGUGCAAAAAGACACAAGGACAUACUAUUAUUUAGUGUUACUAUUUUAAUUUU